AUGAGAUUUCAACCACUAAGGGAUAGGUAUCAUCCACAAUCCCAACCUGAAAGGUCCACCUUCAAAUCGGAUAAGGGAAGAAGCGGUCCCAGUCCCAAUACGACAAGAAGCGACAGACAGAGCGAUCGCGGUUCGGGGAGUAGGGGUUUACAAGUCAGAAACAGCUCCGUUGAGGGGUCCGACACCGGUGAAAGUCCAAAAUUAUCUGAAUACUACUUCAAUGUCGACUCAGCAGCCAUUUUAGCUGCGAUCGGUCGCAUCGAAGGUAGGCCGGCCAACAUUAUCCGAUGGAAGGUAGUGGAGCAGUUGGGAUUGUUAGAUCAUAUCGUACCAGCGGGCCAUGUUCUAAAAGGAUUCAAUAUGGCAUACGAAACUACAAAAAGUGAGAUUACACUACCGGUGAACGUAGCUGGUAUAAUCCAGCACAUAAAGUGCAAUGUCAGCGACGGAGAAAUGAGAUAUAACGCCUUGCUCGGAAGAUCGUGGCCACACAUCAUGAGGGCGGUGCCUUCGACCUUGCACCAAAUGUUAAAAUUCCCAACCUCAGAAGGGGUAAAAAUCAUUCAUGGAGAGCAACCUGUAGCAAAGGAGAUGUUCGCAGUUGAAGAAGCUGUUCAAACAUCACAGAAAGCCCCUGAUGAUGCCGAGGACACGAAUGAAGUAGAAAAUGCUAAAUAG